AUGGCGCUGAGCCCGGGGCCCACGAGUGGCUUCCCCACGCUGGCUGCGAUGGGCAGCGCCGUGCCCGAGCCGCCCGGUGGCCCCAACUUGUCCCUCAACAGCUCGUGGGCCAGCCCGGCGGAGCACAGUUCCCUGCAGGACCUGGUGGCCACGGGGGCCAUCGGGGCGGUGCUCUCGGCCAUGGGCGUGGUGGGCGUGGCGGGCAACGUGUACACGCUGGUGGUCAUGUGCCGCUUCCUGCGCGCCUCGGCCUCCAUGUACAUCUACGUGGUGAACCUGGCGCUGGCCGACCUGCUGUACCUGCUCAGCAUCCCCUUCGUCGUGGCCACCUAUGUCACCAAGGACUGGCGCUUCGGCGACGUGGGCUGCCGCGUGCUCUUCAGCCUGGACUUUCUGACCAUGCACGCCAGCAUCUUCACGCUGACCGUCAUGAGCAGCGAGCGCUACGCCGCGGUGCUGCGGCCGCUGGACACGGUGCAGCGCUCCAAGGGCUACCGCAAGCUGCUGGUGCUGGGCACCUGGCUGCUGGCGCUGCUGCUCACGCUGCCCAUGGUGCUCGCCAUCCGCCUGGCCCGCCGGGGCCCCAAGCGCCUCUGCCUGCCCUCCUGGAGCCCGCACGCCCACCGCGCCUACCUGACGCUGCUGUUCGGCACCAGCAUCCUGGCUCCCGGCCUGGUCAUCGGGCUGCUGUACGUCCGCCUGGCCCGGGCCUACUGGCGCUCCCAGCGGGCCUGCCUCCAGCAGACGCGCCGGCUGCCCCGGCCCCGGGUGCUCUGCCUCAUCUUGGGCAUCGUGCUGCUCUUCUGGGCCUGCUUCCUGCCCUUCUGGCUGUGGCAGCUGCUGGCGCAGUACCGCCAGGCCCUGCCCCUGGCGCCGCGCACGGCCCGCAUCGUCAACUACCUGACCACCUGCCUCACCUACGCCAACAGCUGCGUCAACCCCUUCCUCUACACGCUGCUCACCAAGAACUACCGGGAGUACCUGCGCGGCCGCCAGCGCUCCCCGGCCCCCGGCAGCAGCGCCCGAGGGCCCGCGGCGGCCGCCAGCGUCCUGCAGGGCCCGGUCCGCUUCCAGCGCGACUCCGGCCGCUCCCUGAUGUCCAGCAGCCCGCAGCCCACCGAGACCGUCGUACUGGCCCCCGCGGCCCCCGGAGGGGCCUGUGCCUGA